AUGGGUACAGAGAAAGAAAUAAACAUCUCAUCAGAUGUCGAGCCAGCUAGAGCUGACGUCAAGCCUGGCGAGACCACCAAGCGUGGCCUCAAGUCGCGACACGCCCAGAUGCUCGCUCUUGGUGGGACUAUUGGUACAGCACUUUUCGUCAGCACUGGCCAGACCUUAGCCAAAGGCGGUCCUGCCUUUCUUUUAGGGACAUUUCUCUUUAUGUCCGUUGUUGUGUAUACUGUCGUCACUGCUCUUACGGAAAUUGCUACUUGGAUGCCCGUGUCUGGUAGCUCUGUAAGUUAUUAUGCCAAUCGUGUUGUUUCGCCUUCUUUUGGAUUCGCGACUGGAUGGCUUUAUGUCUACUGCCUCGGUAUCCUGGCUCCGUAUGAGGUCACUGCGGCUUCUUUGGUCAUCAGCUAUUGGCAUAGUACAAUCAAUAUCGGCGUCUGGAUUACCGUCAUGAUUGUUGUUGUGGUCGCAUUGAACUCCUUACCCGUUCGAUUCUAUGGCGAGUCCGAGUUCUGGUUUGCGUCGCUCAAGGUUAUCAUGAUGGCUGGACUCUUGGUUGUGUCAGUGGUCCUAUUUUUUGGUGGUGGUCCAGAUCAUGAUAGACUUGGCUUCCGAUACUGGCAUCACCCAGGAGCCGCGAAUGAGUACAUACUAGAUGGCAAUACUGGCCGACUCAUCUCACUGCUGGCAACCCUUGUUCUAGCCGCGCUUCCAUUUACCUUCGCUCCCGAGUUCCUGAUCCUGACAACCGGUGAAAUGGCCGCACCCCGCCAAACACUCCCCAAGGCUGCACGUCGUUACAUUUACCGUAUCUUGUUUUUCUACAUCUCUUCCGUGCUAGCUAUUGGUGUCAUUUGUCCUUCUAAUGACCCAGCUUUGACUAGCGGCGGCAAAGGAGCCGGCGCUUCUCCCUUCGUUGUAGCCAUCAAAAACGCCGGCAUUCCAGUCCUCGACAGUGUCAUCAAUGCCGGUAUUUUGAUCUCGGCCUGGUCUUCCGGGAACUCCUUCUUCUACAUGGCAACUCGCUCAUUGUACUCUCAAGCCCUAGCUGGCAACGCACCCUCAUGGUUCUUAGCAUGUACAAAAGGCGGCGUUCCAUAUCGGUGCGUGAUGGCAAUCGCACUCUUCUGCCCCCUCGCAUACCUCAACUUGAGCAGCAGCAGUGCAGUCGUGUUCAAUUGGUUCAUCAACUUCACAAACGAAUCUGCAUUCAUUUCCUGGACCUGCUGCUGUAUUGUGCACCUACGCUUCCGCAAAGCUUGCAAGGCCCAGAACAUUACCAAUUUGCCAUAUUCGUCCAAGCUUCAACCUUGGGGAUCGUACUUUGGAAUUGUCUUCUUCCCGUUCCUUGCCCUCCUUAAUGGUUUUGAUGUAUUCUUCCCCGAGAAUUGGAGCACGUCGUCAUUUUUCACUGCCUAUGUCGGGAUUCCAUUGUUUUUGGCAUUCUACGUUGGCCACAGGAUUUACAACAGGAGUGAUCCUUGGUUGUAUGACCCUGCCUCGGUCGACCUCAGUGUUGAUGAUGUUGAGGGUAUUCUUGAAGAAGUGCCGAGAACAGUUGAUGGUAAGCGCAAAUGGUGGCAAUUUGUCACUCUGCUAUGGGAGUAA